AUGUCAGGAGAUAUGGAAGUCAAUAACUGGGGCUCCUCACGUAUCAAGGUUCAGAAAUUCUGCUAUGAGUGGACCAUUAGCAACUUUUCGCUUUUCAUGGGGGGACUUCGGAGAAAAAUUCAAAGCCCAGUGUUCUCAUUAGGGGCCAAUGAUGAACUGGCCUGGUGUUUGAGAGUAUACACAAAUGGGGUUGAUGAAGAAAGCAAAGAUCACGUGUCAGUUUACCUGGUGUUGCUCAGCCGUCCAGUAAGAGCAAUUAGGGCAAAGUUCAAGUUCUGGAUCAUAAAUUCCCACGGAGAGAAAUAUCAAAGUAGGAAGCACACAAUUGCCAUUAGCUUUCUGUUAAACCAGGAGUGGGGAUUCAGAAGGUUCAUCCCUCGAGAUUUCCUCCUCUCCAAUCAGCAGUGGCUUCUUCCUGGAGACCAGCUCACCCUCUGCUGCAAGGUGAACAUAGUAGGAGCUGACUUUAGCAUGCCUGGACAGACCAUGAGCCCUGCAAUCAAGGAUCUUAAGCACAUAUUGACAUAUGACCUAGGGGAGCUAUGGGAGAAUUCCCUGUUCACAGACUGCUCCCUUUUGGUAGCUGGCCAUGAAUUCAGAGCUCACAAGGCCAUCCUAGCAGCUCGCUCUCCAGUUUUCAGACCUGAAGACCAGCCCACCCUCUGCUGCAACAUGAACAUAGUACAAGGCUCCUUCAGCAUUUCUGGACAGUACAGGAAGCUUGCAAUCGGGGUUCCAAGCAAUAAGAGACCUCCACCUUAG